CACUGCACAGAGUGCGCAGAGUUCAGCAGAGUUCCAAGAUGGCAGAUACCGUGAACAAUGUUAUUGCUCAAGCUGCCGAAAAUUUAACUAAAAAUGCUAAUAUUACGGCCAAAAUCCCUGCAACUCCGGAAGGCAUGGCCAUCGCCUAUGGGAGUCUCAUUAUUAUGGCAGUUUUACCGAUAUUUUUUGGUAGUUUUCGAUCUGUUAGGCACCAUAAGGAGCAGCAGAAACAUUUUGAAGCUAGCGGAGAGAAACCGGAGACUAUGUCACACAAAGAAGCAGCGAUGUUUCCACUUAUUUCGAGUGUAGCUUUAUUUGGACUCUAUGUAUUUUUUCAGAUAUUUUCUAAAGAGUAUAUAAAUUAUUUACUUACCGGUUACUUCUUCUUCAUCGGUAUUUUGGCCUUGAGCCAUCUUGCAAGCCCACUGAUCUCAUCCUUAGUACCUGCUGCGAUACCAAAAACUCGGUAUCAGAUACAUUUUACUGAAGAUGACGAAGAUGUUAUCAAUUAUAAGUUCAAUCUCCACGACAUCGUCUGCCUCCUUUGCUGCUCUUUAGUUGGAGCUUGGUAUAUUUACAAAAAGCACUGGAUUGCAAACAAUCUCUUCGGAAUCGCAUUCGCAAUUAAUGGAGUUGAACUUUUGCACUUAAACAACGUUGUAACAGGAUGCAUUCUGCUCUGCGGUCUUUUUAUUUACGAUAUUUUCUGGGUUUUUGGAACGAACGUAAUGGUGACGGUCGCGAAAUCGUUCGAGGCACCAAUCAAGCUAGUUUUCCCCCAGGAUUUACUAGAGAAGGGACUCAGUGGCAGUAAUUAUGCAAUGUUAGGCUUAGGAGACAUUGUUGUACCUGGGAUUUUUAUCGCCUUGUUGCUUAGGUUUGAUCGUAGUUUAAGUAGAAAAUCGAAUACUUACUUUUACUCCACCUUCUUUGCUUACUUUAUGGGACUACUGUUGACGAUGCUGAUCAUGCAUUUAUUUAAUCACGCGCAACCAGCACUUCUCUAUUUGGUACCUAUGUGUCUUGGAACUCCACUUUUACUUGCACUCGUCAAGGGAGACAUCAAAGCUCUGUUUUCGUAUGAAGAUCACCCUAACAAGAUCACGGAAGAGACGGAAACGCAAACGAAGCCUCAGGAGCAAGUUGACGCCAAGAAGGAAAAGUAAUUCCACAUACUUAAUUAUUCGUGAUCACGUGUGAAACAAAGAUACCAAAUUUAGUGAUUCAUUCAUGUCUCCUGACGAAAACUCUGUAUCAUAAAUUAUAGAUCAUACAAAAAGAGACCAGAUAUGUGUAAUAUAUUCAUCAAAUUAAUUCAUGAGGGUUGUAUCUAUGUUUCACACUGACGUGGUCGAAGGCAGAGUUCUGGAUAAUGUGAAGAACUUUCCUUACUGUCAUUAGUCAAUGAUACACUUUAGGCAUCACAGUGAGCAAAAGCAGUACUGAUUUUAUCGGAAACUGAAGUCUUUGUCGAAGAAAGUUUACUUUUUGUUACGAUACACUUUGUUUUUUGACUCGCCAUCUGUUUAAUGUGACAAAAAGUAGUUGAACCUUGAAAUUUAGUGAAAUACUAGACGUUUUUUCGACAUGUCUCUCGUUUUACGUUGUCCGUAAUAAUAAGAAUAAUUAACUGUUGCUACACACAAGAAAGUCAUUCCAUCUUUGAUUUUUGUUUUAAAUCGAAGAUAUGUUCGCUCUUUGCAUUCGGAAACAUGCCAGGUUUCUUUAUCGUUUUUUCCCAUCAAUUCUUACCAUUUCAUUCCAUCUUGGUAAUGUGGUGUAAUUUUAAGUGCUCGAUGUUCUGCCAAUAAACAAGACUUUAUAGCUUUUUUAAUAUUUUGCAACAAUAGUAGAUGAAGAUGUAUAUUUAACAAAAUCGAGCAAUUUCAAAACAUUUACAGCAUUUUAAGUAGUGUAGAGUUAUCUGGCAUGUUAUCGCUCGCAUUAUUGUUAAUGUGCGGGUGAAAAAAAAAAUGUUAUUGGUAAUACAAAAAUAAAACUUGUAUUUGAGGGCGAAUUUCGCACAAAAUUUAAAUUUGUACUCUUCCAUAGGGCAAAAUUGUUACCUAUGCGGAUAUUUACAUGCGGUGUUUUAGAUGUAAAAAUCGAAUUGCUGUUUGGCAUCGUUUUGAAAGUGUCCAAAUACUUAAUAAAUUUCAUUUAUAAGUCCUUUAAA